AUGCCUGGUUAUCAAAAAGACAAAGCUUCAGGCAUUAAGCCCUAUAUGCACUACAUGGAUACUGACUUCCGGGAACGGGACUUUUUCUUGUGCAAGAUGCCCUCUCGGACCCCUAAGCAGCCAUCCUGGCCCGGUGCCGAGUUCGACCCCGGUCCGCUGGCAGAGGGAUGGGUGGCGCGAUUUAGGGCUCAGUUAGAGCCCUCUGCUCUUCUCCUGCUGCAACUGCUGCAGUCUGGGCCCGGCGGAGUCUUGGGGGCGCUUAGGGCCCUGCAGAGGCUCCGGGCUGGAAGCUCCGAGCGGCCCUUCUGCUGGGGCCCCUUCCUGGAGGCACUCAGCCGAGAGGAGCCUGUGCUCGAGGGGCUCGACCGCCGCCUGGAGCUGAAGCCGCUGUUACUGCAGUUACCCCAGUUGUGCCAAAGGAACCUCUUGUCCUUGCUGUUAGCUGUACAUACUGAGCUACCUAAGAGUGGACUCCUUCUUGUACUUCAGGCAGCCAAGUGUGACCCAAUCCUGGACACCUGGCUUCAGGCCUUGAGAGGAUUGCUGCAGAGGGAAAUAACUACAGAUGAGGUUAUCAAGGAGGCCUCUCCACUGACUCAAGGGUGCCAGGAACGACUCCGAAGUCUGUGCAGACACAUCCGAAGAGAACAUAGGCCAGGCCAUCCUCUGGACUUUAGGGGAACUGAGGACAUGGGUACUCAGCGCCCUGGCAAACGAAGAAAGGAUCCUGAAAUGGAGUCUGAAGACUCUGAGAGAGAGUUCCCUAAGAGACUUCGAUCCCUGGAAGGAAAAGGAGAGAAAGAAGAGGAAGAGCAGCAGCUCCAAGAGAGGACCACAAAUGAACAGGAAUCAUCUGUCAGUGGAGACCCAGCAUCAUCCCAAAGAACUGAAGGCAACAGUGACCAGCCCAUUCUGGAAGCAGUGACCAGCAGUGCUACUGACAGUCAGCAGGAAAAGCUGCUUGAGAUUCAGGAGCUACCCAAAGCCAUCAAGGACCAAGUGCCACGAAUCCUAGAGCUGCUGGAAACUGAAUGGGAGGGACUAGAGGGAACACUACCCCUGGAACUGCAGUUUCUCCAUGAGUGUAGCCCCAGCCAGCUGGAGAAUCUUUGCUCACAGUUGAGGCUCUCUCGGCUCUCAGAUACCACCCUCCUGCAGUUCUGCAACAGACUCCUGGCACUCUCACCGGACCUCAGCUGUAGCAGUGCCACCAUUCUUUCGAGGAUCCUUUUUCUUGAACAGGUUCUUUCUCUGACAGCUUCAGCCUCUCGUCUGUUUAGAGCUGCCUUAACUGCAUUCUGUGGCAGGUAUCCUCAUCCUGUCUGCACAGGUCUCCUCAUUCCAGCAUUACAGGCCACAGGCACAGGCCCCACACAAACAGAAAUUCUUUGUUGCCUGCUGGAGGGGGACACUCUGGAGUCAGACAUGCUGGUGCUGGUGUUAAAACAGAUCUUAGAGUUGCCCUGGAGAGAGGAGACCUUCACCGUGAUGCAGUCCCUUCUAGGGCGGCAGAUGGACCUGUCAGCAGAGAGCUUCAGUGUCUUGGUGCAGAAGCUGGCUCACGAGGGCCUGGCUGCCCCCCAUUCUGUAGGCUGUGCCAAGCUGGUGCUGACGGUUGUGACCAAGUACCAGGAUCAGGUCACAGAGGCCCACAGGGUCUGCCUCGCCUCUGCAAUGGAGUUCAACACCACUUUCCUGAAGAAGCCUCUGCAGGUGGCCCUGAGACGUUUGACCUCAUGA